AUGGCAGGGAAAGGAGAGACAAUGGUCGUGAUCGGCGCCGGCAUUCUAGGCCUCACUGCUGCCAUUGAGCUCCAGCAAGCGGCCAGCCGAUCGACUGAUAUACUAAUCGUGGCCCGCGAAUUCCCUUCCGACGAGUCAAUUCAGUACACCUCCCCAUGGGCUGGCGCUCACGCACGGCCUAUUCCAGCAAUCUCAGCGUCCGACUUCCAACACAAUAAGUUUUCCGCCAUCACCGAUGCUAUUUUGCGUGUACAGUCCGUCGAGGAGCCUGCCUGUGGUGUUGUGUUCAUGGACGGCUACGAUUUUCUAGCGAAUCCAUCUGAAGCAUACCUCAACCUGCGCGGUGGGUACGGGGAAACAGAAGGCUUCAAACUACUGGCCAAGGACGAGCUUCCCCAGGGGAUGGGCAUCACUUUUGGAGCCAAGUAUCGGACUUGGUCGCUGAACUCACCGGUAUACUGUGCUUUUCUCCUCCGAAAGUUCAUCCUUAGGGGCGGCCAUACACUGAAGCAGACACUCACCCAUGCCCAAGAAGCCUUUUCCCUCCGCCCAAACGUGGGUACGGUAGUCAACUGCUCAGGCUUCGGGUUUGGGGACCCGGAUAUGUUUCCUCUUCGUGGCCAAACAUGUCUCGUAUCCAACCCAUGCGAUCGCACCAUUACCCAAUUCAACCCUGACGGCUCUUGGUCGUUCAUCAUUCCGAGACCUUUAGAUGGUGGAACGGUUAUAGGAGGGACCCGUCAGCCGGAUGAUUGGACCGAAAAGCCUUCUCUAGAAAGCAGAGCGCGAAUACUCAGUCUGGCCGCGAAGAUGUAUCCUUCUAUCCUCAAUUCAGACGGAAAGUUCGAGGUCAUCCGAGAUAUUGUGGGUCGACGACCUGCUCGACGCGGUGGUUUGAGGCUCGAGACUGAUAUCCUAAAGGGGCCCUUUAGAGGCAAACGAAUCAUACACGCCUAUGGAGCAGAGGGCCAUGGCUUCGUGAUAUCGUGGGGAGUAGCUGCUGAGGUGGUCAAGAUGGCGUUCAGAAGGGAUGCUCGGCCGAUAGCCCCUUCUUUGUGA